AUGGCAUCCUCUUCUCUUGUCCGAAUCGCCGUUGUCGGAGACAUCCAUGGCUUCUGGAAUCUAGAUGAAGAUCGAAAGGCUCUUCGGCUACUAAACCCGGAUUUGGUGCUCUUCACAGGUGAUUUUGGUGAGGAGAAUAUAGCAAUAGUGCAGAGCGUUGCUGAUAUUCCUUUCCCUAAAGCAGUUAUAUUGGGUAACCAUGAUGCUUGGAACACUCGGAGUUGGUCAACACUUGGUGAUGAGCACGUAGGAUAUCAACGCAAGGACUUUCCCUCGUUUAAGCUCAGUGUUGUUGGUGGUCGCCCGUUUUCACAUGGCGGAGAUAAAUUUCAUCGUGACAAGCUGCUUAAGAGAUAUGGAGUUCGUAAAAUGGAUGAAAGUGCUGGGGCAAUCUGUCGAGCUGCACUUGGAACACCGGAAGAUCAUUUCGUUAUAAUCCUUGCGCAUAACGGUCCAACAGGUCUUGGUUCUCAGGCUGAGGAUAUAUGUGGAAGAGACUGGUCUGACCAAGGUGGUGACCAGGGUGAUCCAGAUCUAGAGCAGGCAUUACGCCAGCUGAAAGAGACGACGGAACUGUCUGUUCCUUUAGUUGUGUUUGGACACAUGCACAAGGAGCUUGAUGGUGGGAAAGGAAACCGUAAAAUGGUUGUGCAAGAUAGUGACAACAAGAUUGUUUAUGUGAACGGUGCAAUAGUCCCGAGGGUUAAAGAGACGCCGGUUGGAGGAGCGGAGGAGGAGUCCGAGAGUGGUGGCACGUUAAGAGCUUUUACGUUGGUGGAGAUUUUAGAUGGAAAGAUCAAGAAAGUAGUAGAGAGUUGGGUACAAGUAGUCGGAAGUAUGGCAAAGAUUGUGGAGGAAGAAACAUUGUUCGAGGAUGUAACUUGA